GCCUCCACGACGUGACGGAUGCUGUGGGUUUUUUAAGGUUAGGUAACGUGGAGUGUCAGAGUGAUUUUUGUUUCUCAGCGCUGUGUGUUUGACAUGUUUGACAUGUUUGUCAUGUUUGAUAAGCAGGUGAUGGGUGUGGCGGUAGUAGGAUGCAGUGAGUAGGCGUGUGUGUGUGUGUUUGUGUGUGUGUGUGGUUAUUAAGGCCGCGGCAGUCAGGAGUUUUCAUUCCACACCAUGUCUCUCUCCAGUGCAGCUUGGGCAGUGUCAACUCUGCUGGUUCUGCUGAGUCAAGAGUCACAGGCCCAAAUCAAUGUUUGUGGUAAAGCAGCGCUCAACACCAGGAUUGUCGGAGGAGCGCCGGCGCCUGAAGGCAGCUGGCCGUGGCAGGCCAGCCUGACUCAGGGCAGCCACUUCUGUGGAGGAUCGCUCAUCAACAACCAGUGGGUUCUGACGGCCGCUCACUGCGUACGAAGGUGA